AUGGCACUUGUGAGGGAUCCGAUGUUCUGGAAGCGAUUCUCGCGCGCAGUCCAUCUCGACGAGGAAGCCAAGGCGGCUGCAGGCGGCAAGAACAAUAGCAACAGUAACAACAACCACUCGGACAACUGGAUCCAGGCCCAAUACCGCAAGAAGCGACGGAGCAUCAUCUGCGGCUUUUUUAUCUUCCUGGCCAUUGCCAGUCUGGUUGCCGGGAUCAUCGUCGUCCUUCUCUGGCUCAACUCGCGCCACUGGCUGCAACCGCAGAGGCAUAGCACAUGA